UGAAAAAUUUCAUUACAUCAUCAUCAUCAUCAAAAUAAUAAGAGUUCCUUAAAUUCAGUCACCAAAUUAACUUCUUCCAUUGAAAUACAAGUAUAAAUUCCACUCUUGCUCACCUUCAAAACAACCCCAUUCAUGAUUUUCAUCUUCUUUCUUUCUUUCUUUCUUUCUUUCUACUUGGAUUUUUGCCUCCUCUGUUUCCAUUUGACAACACGAGUUUUCUUUAACGACCUCAAGAGAUUUUGGUUUCAUUGUGACAAGAAAAAUGUUUGCUGAUAAUGGGGUUUUGUUUCCUCACUUUCAGAAUUUCUCUCAGGUUCAACAACUCGAGGAGUUUUGCAAAACCCACCAGCCAUGUUCUUCUUCCACGAUAUCCAGCAUCUGUGAAUACGACAUGGUUGGUGAAGGAGAUCUCUUUGAAGCCCCCCAACCACAACCAUAUAUUGAUGAAACUUUCAUAGGUCUUGAUCCUGUGAUGGCAGCCAUUUCAAUGAUAUCUUGUGCUGAAGAAGUCAUUUCUCCAGAAGGACUAAAAGUUGCAGACUUCCAAUCGCUUCAAAAUGACCAGCUGUUAAAUGAGGUCUACUAUGAGUGUGAAAAAGAUCUUUUGGAAAAAGCAGCCCUAGAAAGACCACUGCCUGAAGACCUGAACAUUGAAAUCCCAGUUCUGAAUCCAGAAGAAAAUCAAAUUCCAGAAAACAAGCCAUUCCUUGAUGCCUCAAUCCAGAAAAGUACUAGCUUGGAGUGCUUAAGCUCGAUGGAUUUGAUGCAAGGACCUACCAUCAAGCCAAGUUUUAUAGAUUUCUCAGACAUGGACUUCAGUUCUGUUUAUGGGAUGAGGAGGGCAUUUAGUGAAGGAGAUAUUAAGACACUCGGCAGUGACAAGUUAGGCAUGAUCCAUUCUCCCCUUCACCGACCCGUGUUCAGCAAUUGCACCAGCGAGGAACGGCUAGAAAAGCUAUCCCGUUACAGGAAUAAGAAAACGAAGAGGAACUUCGGGAGAAAGAUCAAGUAUGCUUGCAGGAAGGCUCUUGCAGACAGUCAACCUAGAAUCCGUGGAAGGUUUGCAAAAACCGAUGAAUCUGAAGUCAAGAGCAGUAGCUCAAUCUCAAUGCUUGUUCUAUGAAGAUAUAAAAAUAAAAUGCAGUAUAGGAAUGUAAAAGCUAGUUCUGAUGAGUGAGUGGGAGAGGUUAGCAGAAGCCUAGGAAAUAAAGUUUGUGGAAAGUUCAGAUUUGUCUUACUUGAUGAAUCCACAAACCAGAAGCCUGACAGAGUAUUUUGUGAUCUACGAUCUGUGUUAGUAUCUUCUGUAGACUAAAAUGGUUGGCGAGAUUUGUACAUAUAGUAUCCGUUGAAUAAAAUAGGAAAUAAAUGUUCUACUUUGUUUAUUAA